CCCCAAGUAUUAGCAUUCAUGUGUGUGGGUUUCGUAUGUUAUUUUGAAAGUCUCCAACGGAAACCACUAUAGUUUUGUCGCUCAGGAGGAAACUUUACGACUUCACCAACCAGACUCAUCAACAGAGGCUUGGUUGACUCAUUUCGGCCCCUUUCUGAGUCUGUCCGUGUUGUCAGACCGAAUAGCUGGGUUGAGAUUCGUUUCGACAGCUGGAAGCAGUCGGCAGCAUGGCGUCAGGAGGCCCCAUGGUGAACGGAGACGUCCCCCGCCCUCCGGGUCAGCCGGGCCCGCUGGAGGAGACGGUGCAGCAGAUGAACAUCCUGAUCCAGGAGAACCGCGACCUGAAAGAGGCGCUGCGUCAGACCAACCUGACCAUGAAGGAGCGCUUCGAGGGCCUGACGGUGUGGAAGGAGAAGCAGCGGCAGGAGAAGGACUUCCUGGAGAAGCGUCUGGAGGAGGCCCGGCGCUGCAUAGAGACGCUGACCGUCCAGAACCAGGAGCUUGGCAAGAAGCCGGAGGCAGGGGGCGGAGCUCAGAGCGCGGAGGCCGGCGCCCUGCGCGCCCAGGUGGCCCGCCUGCAGGCAGAGAAGAACGAUCUGGUGGCCCUGAACUCUGAACUGCAGCUGAAGGCCGAGCAGGGAGCCGAGGAGGACUCCUUCAUCGAGAUCAUCAGGGUGUCGGAUGCAGGUGUGGAAGACGUGAACCAAACGUGCGGCUCGGAGCGCAUCAGGCGCCCCGACGUCAGCAUGACCACGUCACGGCAGGAGAACGAGGAGGCCACGGUGAGCCGGCUGCUGCAGUCGCUGAGGAACGAGACGCAGAGAUGUGAGCAGCUGCAGAGCGAGCUGCAGGCCUGCACUGCCAGAAUCCAGGAUCUAGAGGAGAAGAACCAUAAAGUGGAGAAAACCAUGAAGACCACCCAGACGGAGGCGAAGGAAGACCUUGCCAAGGAGGAGAAGGCGGCGUCUGAGGUGGAGAACCUCAAGUCUCAGGUGAGGACGCUGUUCCGGGACCUGCAGCAGGCGCAGAGCAAGCUGGAUGAAGCUGAAGGCAUGAAGAAGAACCUGCAGGACAGGUGUCGGGAGGUGGAGCAGGACGUGGCCACGCUGAAGGCCCAGCUGCUGGAGAAGCAGGCGGUGCAGGCGGAGAACGAGCGGCUAAAGCUGCAGCUGGGCAGCCUGCAGGCGCAGAGCCAGCUGGAGCAGAAGAAGGCCGACGACGACAGGAACAGCCUGGCUCAGCUGAAGGACGCGUACACCAAACUGUUUGAGGACUACAACGAGCUCAAAGAGGAGAAGAAGAGAAAGGAGUCCCACAUGGUGGAGAGGAACCUGGUGGAGGACCUGCAGCAGCGGCUCACCGCUGCAGAGGAGGCGCUGGCCGUCAAGCAGAACAAGAUCGACGACAUGAAGCAGGAGAUGUUCCAGAAGGAGAAGGAGCUGGAGACCAUCUCUGUGUUCCAGGCUCAGGCCGAGGUGUACUCCUCGGACUUCUACGCGGAGCGAGCGGCGAGGGAGAAGCUGCACGAGGAGAAGGAGCGCCUGGCCGCGCAGCUGGAGUUCAUUAAGAAGCAGAACACGCAGCUGCAGCAGGACAUGGACUCACUGGGCCGGCGUUCUCUGAAUGAAAUGCAGCGCAGACACGGAUCCACUGGAUCCGGCUCUCAUGGACCUGAUGCAAGUCUUGUAGGAAGAGGUACCGACUGGAACCAGGGCAACAUUCCUGAACACGCCUGCCCCAAAUGCAACGAGAUCCUUCCAGACCUGGACUCCCUGCAGAUCCACAUCAUGGACUGCAUCAACUAGACCUUCCUCACCAGGAGCACCUUCACCCGAGUCUUCCUCUGCUCUCACCCGUACUGUACCUCCCUGUGUUCCUAUCCUGUAGGAUCCAAAGAUCUCAUAGUUUCUGGAUGGAAGUCUAAAGAGGCUUCAUCGAUCCAGGCCCGCUGUAGUUUGGUGGUUUGUUGAAAAAGUGUGUACCAGCCAAUCCCAACAGUUUGCUUUUGAUAAAUCCAGCUGGAAAUAAACCCUCUUUUUUACAUUAUUAUUUUUUGUUUUAGUUUGUUCCGUUUGUUAAAAAAAAAAAGUUAUCUUUCUCAGAAUGUAUAGAUUUUAGAGUAACGUUAUCACAACUUAGCGCCACUGGAAAAGGCAGGUGAAAAAAACGUCAAUUUGCCACGUACAUAAAAUCGCUGUAAAUGUUGUAAAAUGUCUCAUCAUAGCAGGACACGAGUAGGAAGCAUAUAUGUCACAUUUAGGAAAUGUAAAGUGAGCUCCUGUUUGUUCUACAGCCAACUGAAACCUGAGAGAACAGCAGAAGAGGCUCCACAGUGCAGAACAGCAUGAGCCAAAACACUAGUAUGGAUUUUUUUUUCUUGUGUGUUUAUAGUAAACUAAGGUUUACAUUGCCGCGCAUGCCAGUUGCCAUCUUAUGACACAAUAUUUAAUAUAUAGCAUAACUGACAGAAAUCCCCUUUUAAAAGUCAAACGUUUGGUUUUCACGUUGUUUCAUAUCCUGUCUCAAAAUUACCCUGUAGAAAUCUUUCAUGCUGUUUUGUUUUGUUUUUGUUGUCAUUAAUCUGCUAAUUUAAUAUAGAUGUCACCUUAAAUCUUUUGCCAUCUUUUUGUUCCUUUUUUUUUUUUUUUUGACCAUAGAUAUGUUUUGUAAAUACUGACCUGGGUUGGUACAGGAGCCUGUCUUUGCAUGAAAACAUUCUACCACUCCUAGUUGUGCAAUUAAAUAAGGUUCAGUUAUAACAAUUAUAUUAUUAUAUUGUAUAUAUUAAUUAUAAUUAUAUUAAGAAUAUAAGAAAAUGUUUUGGGGUUUGUAAUCUCUGCGCGAUCUGAGCUGAAAAGUGAGAAAGAAUGUAAAUAUGCCUGGCGGACAUGUCCUACCAUGGUACCAAGCAUGCAUCUUCUAAAUGCUUUGAGAUUUUAUGGAGUCUGAUCAUCAUUUAAACUCCUGAUUGGAUUUUUUUGUUGGUCUGGAGAGGAUGGGUAAUAUGAAGGCGCAUAUUUUCUUUCUAUUAAGCAGAUGAAACGCUGUAAUUAGAACAUAAUAUAUUUGACCGGUUUAUGAAUAUUCAGGAAGCUGUCAGUUCUGUAUACCUUGUAAGUUUUAAAGGUUUGGAAUUCUGUGGGGAAAAAAACUAAUAAAAUGAGAGAAUUUCUGUCUGA